UUGAUAUUUAAGAGUGAAUGGUCAGAUCUGACAAUUUUCAGAGAUAAACCCAGGUACUAAUACAGAGAAAAUUUUCACAGAACCUGCCAUAACACCAUCAGAAAUAAUUCAGAGUGGGGUCAAUGAUAACGAGAUUCAGAGCAACGAUACGAACAACAUAAUGGAUCUUCAGAGAUCAUUGGUUUCAGCUCAGAAGUCAGCCAAUGAAGUUUUGUCUCUCAGUCAUGUCGACAAGGAAACAGAACGUCUUAUAAAAAGUGCAGUUGAUAAUAUCAACUUGGCACACAAGAGAGUUCUGGAAGCAGAACGACAGAAACUGAAGAAUAUUGAAGUACAAAAAGCUGGACAAAUCAAAGAGAUGCCAGCCGGUCAAACCUUUGCAAACACCACCAUGCAGUUGAUACCCAAAAUUCAGAGGACAUAUAAACUAACUUCCAAAUCAAGUUAUGAGGUUUGGUUGGACUGUCUCAGGACUGAACUAACGAGUUAUCAGCUGAUGUAUCUGAUUGAUUCCAGCCUGCCAGGGCCAGUAGGAUUGACAGGGGUUGAAUUAGCCUUGCAAAAGAACUUUGUUAAAGAUAUUAUCAUAAGCCAUAUUGAUGAAGAAUACCACAAAAAGAUUCUUGGAAUGACAGAACCCACAGAGAUUUUACGCAAACUAAGAGACAGCAGAAAGGGUGAGGUGAUGUCGACCCCAACUUCCAUAAGAACCAAACUUUACAAUGUAAGAAUGAAGAAAGGAGAAAAAGCCCAAACCUUUUGCGAACGAUUCGAUCAAAUCAUACGUGAACAUGAGCUUAGUGACGACCCUGUCAAGCUCACGGAUCAAGAAAAACGGUCAACCUUUUAUCAAGCAAUAAUUGGGAUUAUGCCAGAAGUGAGGCGCACUGACUCAGCGGUCAUAGCAACCACAGGAAAGGAGAUGACUAUGGAACAACUGAGGAAAAGUAUACAAAGAAUUCAGGAAGAUGAAGAAAGUCAUGAUAAUUCAGAGUCGACUCCAUCAGUAUCUCGUGUCAAAAUACCAAAACAAAACAAGUGUCACAGGUGCAACAGCCCUGGGCACUGGAAACAGCAAUGUCCUUUGAUAAGGACAAACCAAUGGUUUUGCUAUUAUUGCAACAGAGUGACUGAUCAUAGAGGAGAUCAGUGUCCCUUCAAGGUUGAGCAUCCACAGUGGAACAAUUUCAAAAGAAGAUUCGACAGAGAAGAUGAACCCAGUGCACCUCACGUCAAGAGGCCAAGGUUGAUACAAAGUGGCAGAGGCUCGUACCAAUUCAGGGGCCAAAAUUUCAGAGGCAGAGGUCAGCCAAGAGAUAGAGGUACAGGAAGAGGUUCAAGACAUCAAUAUGCGGCACGGAGAGCUGAAUAUGAAGAGGGAGACACUACCCACCAAGAAGAAGAAUAUACAGAGAACGAUUCAGUCUAUGAUAAACAACAAGGACAGCUGUAACUUAACAACAUGUAAACGAUAAUUACAGACAGAAUCGAAGUUUCAAACUCAAAUUACAAACUAAGAAUCAAUAAUCAAGUCAAAUUCAAAAGUGAUUACAAUUUAAGUUAAGUCAAAUACAAAGUUCAUUUUAAGUUGAUUAAAAUCAAAAUUAGUUUAAGUGAUUGUUGGAAAAAUUAAUAUUAAACUUGUUUAGAUAAAGUAAAUCAACAAAGGGAGGGAGUGUCGUGAAUAAGCUUUGUUGAAGGCGCCACUAUUGGCGCGAACUUCGUGUCAUAAAUAAGUUUAGUUGAGGGCGCCACUGUUGGCGCGCAGUUCGUUGAGCGCCGCGUAAAAACGUGCUGCUCAGUAGGCACGCGCGAGCGAGUGAGUCUGUUCUUGACUAAGUGUGAUUUUGUUUGUUUUAAUUAAUACAGUGUCUUGAAGAAACAUUGUGUCGUGUGUGUUAAGUUAUUUAACCUUUUCCUGCCACAAAUAUAUUUACUCCUACAUUUAUUUAUUUACUAUUUUUUUUAUUCUUUACAAGUUAGCCCUUGACUACAAUCUUACCUGAUGGUAAGUGAUGAUGCAGUCUAAGAAGGAAGCGGGCUAACUUGUUAAGAGGAGGAUGAAAAUCGGAUCGAACCCAGGACCUGCCUUUUGUAAAUCCAACGCGCAUACCACGAUGCGCCACGGAGGCCGUCAAAAUACUAGUCUAUACGAUUACAAAAUACAUAAGAUUAAAAAAAAAUAUGGCUUUCCAUUAAUUAGUUCCAUUGCGUAGUUUAAUCAAGCUACCUACCUUUAUUAUGCUUGCAAUGAACUUUUUUUAA